GCUUGCGACCGUCUGUGAGAAAGUCGACAUGUUACCUGAGGCCGUGUAGCGUCACGGGGUUCUUUCUUUUCUGUAACCUUUUUGGGGAAGAACUGGAGGCUUUGCUGAGAAGCGCGGCGGACCUGAUGCCUUCGAGUCUCAAUCCCUUGACCCACCAUCCCUCUGUCCUUUCAGCACCUUAGAGCGGCGUCGACUCGAGAGCUGCACAGAGUGGCCCAGGCGCGGCCGCCGAAACCCAGACUCGGGGCUUCCCCCUCUCCUGAGUCGUCCCCCCUUCUACUCGUAGUCAUCUCCUCCCCGCGCUCUUGACCGAACGACAGAGAGAAAGGAGGAUUGGCUGUAUCGCGGACGAACUGCAACGUGAAUAGGCUUGGGUUCUUUUGAGGUGGAAUUCUGGAGAGCUUUUAAAAACUUGGGGUUGAGGUCGCCUGUUGGAAAUUCAGCAGGAGGGGAAAUUAUAGAAGCUAGUCGAGGUCUUUAUUGCUAACAAGAAGAAAGAGACGUCACUUUUUUAAAUUCGAAAAUAUAUGUGUGUCACAUUUGGCCAGGAGGGACCGAGAGAAAGGAAGCACAUGUGUGAAAGGAGCGGACAAAAUCUAAAAGCAUGGGAAAGAAAUUGAACAAUUAUCUAAAGUCUUCAGGGGCGGCGGCAGCACAAAGUACAGGCAAAGUUGGUAUGUCAGCGUGGGCUCUGUGUUGGCAGCAGUACAAUCACCACUCUGGGUGAUCCAGCUAAAGGUGUAUACAUUUCCAAAUACUCAGACUAUCUUCAUCCAAGACCCUGGUAUCAUGGAAAAUCUGGUUAUGUUGUCAUUUUUAAUCUAAUUAAGGUAAAGCCCAGAUGUGCAUUUGUGUCCUUUUAAAAACUGAAGUUUAUCUAUCUAUGAUGAUAUUCUUUGCAGAUCAGUAGCUUCGUCUUCAACAAAGACAGCUACCCAGAUUCAGAUGAAAAUAACUGAUUUUUUUUCUUGCUCUUAAAAGCAAAACUUUUUUCUUCAUUUAAUAGUUAAUCUCUGAACAUUUUUUUUUAAACCUCAAAGCAGUAAGAGUAUUUGGUGAAGAAUCUUUCUCACCCUGUCUUGUACUACUUUUUAAACAUUAAUUGACUGAAAACAAGUAGCUACUUAUAAAAUGAUAUGAUUAUAGUUAUAAAAGAUGAAUUUCAGAAAGCAGGAUUCAUUGUCUGGUUUAAAUUAUCAAAGUAAGAAGUCUUUAUUUUCUUUAUCCUUCAAAGAUUCAGAUGUCAGCCUAGUUUAUUUUCUUAACAGUUAAUUGCUUUUUCAUGUGGCACCUGUAAAAAAUGAUGAUCUCAGAAAUUCUUAUAUAUCAUUAAAUAGUUUAGUAGAAAUGAAUCGUACAAUUAGAAUUUUCACCUGAAUAGUAGGAAGCUCUGAUUUUAGAGGUUGUUGAGCUUUUGAGGAUAUAUUCUGUGGUCUUGUUUUGUUUUAUUUUGGUUUUACCUUUCUUACUGUCUUAAGUUCUUUGGUUAUAAACCCAACAAUACUAACUUUUUUUUUUUUUUUUUUUAACCCAAGAUUGAACUCUUUAUAUUCCAAAGUUUGUGCCCAGGACCUGGAGGAAAAGUAGCAUUGCAUUGAAGUAUAAUCACUGCUUUUCCUCUCUUGAUCUUCCCUCUCUUGUUCCAUGAUAAGUACUGUAGUUCUGCUGCAGAAGGGAAAAGUAAAGUUUGUGCCUGAGAAUUAUACAACUAACUAUACUAGGCCGUCUUCUGGCUAUGAUUGCCACGUGGCUACAAAUACGAACAAAGUUUCUCCCAAGACAAGUCAUUUUCGUGCCUUUGAACUGAGUCAGUAUUAUCUCUAUGAACUUUCAGGCGGCACUGUUAUUGAGCGACCCAGACAGAUCUGUCCUUAUGUAAUUGUAGCUUUUCAAUACAGGGAACCUAAAAAAAUGGCAGCUCAUAAAAGCAUACUUGAACUUCAUGAAAAUGCUCUCAUCUCUUCAUGGAAAGGGAAAUUAAUUAUUCAAGGCUGUCUGCUGUGUGAUAUAACUCUUUGGUCCACCUAUGGUACAGUGAUUCCAACACAGCUACCGUUGGAACUAGAUUUCAAGUAUGUAAUGAAAGUGUCUUCUUUGAAAAAGAGACUUCCUGAAGCUGCAUUUAAAAAACAGAAUUACUUGGAGCAAAAAGGUCUGUUUGAAGUUUGUCUCCCAGACAUGUGCUCCAAUUUGUAUGAGGUGGAACUGUCAAACAAACAAGGAGAAAAAAUAGAUAAAUUAACAGAAUACAUUAAAAAUGAAGAAUUGGCAAUCAUCAAAUGCUUAGAGGAUCGAGGGGUUUUUAUUUUACUUACAUCAUCAGCCUUAAUAUCAGAUACAGGUUUUGAAGAUGAACAGAUGGGUCUACAUGGGUUGCAUUUAUUCCAUUCAUCCCUGUCAACAGGAAUGAAAGAUUUGAAGGUUGAAGAUGGUAUCUCACUGAAGGUGACACCUAUUUUGCCUGCCCUUAAUUGUGCCCUGCUAGAAGCAAAGAAAUCAUUUACUGAAGAAGGAAUCCGCCCAAACACAUUAGUAAAGCAGAAUUUCCAAGAGUUGUACAAAGUAGACAAAAGUCCUUCACUGACUGCCUCUUCUCAGGAUGGAAUUAAAGAGACUGCGUUCUUUGGCAAACUAUCCAAUGGUUUUGACUUGGUUCCUCUAGCUGAAAAGUGCCCUUUACAAUCUUUAACUCAAUUAAAAUCUUAUUUUUCAGAUCCUAGUGGUUAUAUUUUGGAAGUAUCUACUGCUUUAGAUUUAUUAGCAGAGCAUCCUCAGUCUCCUUGUGUUUCAGAUGGAAUUUGUGAUGCUGGAUUUUCUUUAGUUAUGACUCCAGAUCCUGAAUUUCUUGACUCAGAGGCAGAAUUAAGAAAAGAAACAGAAACAGAAAACAAUUCUGAGGAAAUUUUUAAAGCAAGAAAAGGAAGUAUGGUCCCGUUAAGUCCAGCAGCAAAUCUGAGAGUUCAGCCGAAGAGGAAGGCAAGUGCACCACUCAUGAUACAAAGUAAAAGGGUGAACUUGUGUCGCCCUUUUCCCAAAAGAACUACUGCUGGAACAAACAAUGGUUUGGACUCUGCAACAACUCUUAAACUGGCAAAAGGGCAGUUUCCUCAGAAAAGAAAAAGAGGUGCUGAAGUGCUGACUGCACAGUUUGUACAGACAACCAAACUGGAUAGGAAAAACGAAGAAGCUUCUAUUUGUAAAGAUGUUCCAGUGGCAAUGAAUGCUAAAAGGGCAAGGAAACGAGAGAAAUCUCCAGUCAAAACUGUUCCAAAGGCUAAGCCAUCUGUGAAGAAAUCUCUGCAAAAACAGAGAGUAAAUAUAGUAAAAGGCAAUCAGAAUCCCAGAAUCAGAAAACAACCACAACCUGCCAAAGGAGAAACUGCCUCACAGCUUCAAUCGGAAAUCUUAUCAGAUGGUCAAGAAAAUAUUAUUAGCAUAAAUGCAGCUCAACCAGAAAAUACCACAGUGGCUCAGAAAGAUCUUCCUGAAAACUCCAUUGUCAACUAUGACUCUCAGGCCCUAAAUAUGUUAGCUGAUCUAGCUUUAAGCUCUGCUACCUCCUCCACACUAUCAUCUGAGCCUAGAAACCUUCCCUGCACCUCUGACUUGCCACAGAAUGAUGUUUUGCUCUCUAAAGACAAUUCUUUGCGAGGUACAUCUGACCAUGAAUAUCACAGAGGAAUUAAAAGUCAAAAAGGUGGACUAUUACCUAAGGCCUCCCCUGAUAGGAAGACUAAUUCAGUGUCAGACUUAACUAUUAACCAAGAUGAAGAGAGCUUGGUUCCUUGUAGCCAAGCCCCUGUUAAAGCCCAGUCUGCACUUACUGAGGAAACACUAGAAACUUCAGACGCAAGCCAAAGCUCUUGUGUUGUUGUGGAGCAUUCAUACGCCCUACUCCUUGCGGAACAUUCGAAGAAACAUCUACAGCAGAGAGGAGUACAAGGCCCUGCCUUUGCCAAGAAUGGAACAAAAGGCCCUGAAGCAGGAACCCCAGUGGGAAAAGUUAUGCCAUUUCGGCAUCAGCAGAACACCUCCCCUUUGCAAAAGGUCUUUGAUCCAUUGGUAAAGCGCAAGAGUAGAUUGAUGUCUUCCAGCCUAAAAGACUUCUACUGCUCUCAUACCGUGUUUAGCUGUGAUGGCUCCUUUAAGGUCACUUUCAAAUGUGACACAGAAUAUGUGUUCAGCUUAGAUAGCAAAUAUACUAACAACGCACUAGAGAAAACUGUAGUAAGAGCUUUACAUGGGCCCUGGAAUACUGAUUUGCCUGAUAAUGUGGAAGAAGUGAAGCUUUUACUUCAUAUGUGGGUAGCUCUGUUUUAUAGCAAUCAGAACAAAGUUAUACGAUCAUCCCGAAAAGUCGUAGAACACAGCAACCCAGCAAAAUAUGUAUCUAUAAAUAGCACAAUAGACUCUUUCGAAUUCAGUGAAAUCGAGGAGUCCUUCAAUGUGGACAGAUGUUCUGCGGACCCUCUAGUGGAGAGUAAGGAAACUUCCAGGGGUCAAGCUACCGAAAUGUCCUCCCCUGACACUAACAAAUUGCUUCCUUUUAUUAAACCACCACCUGCAAGAAGCUUGGAACUCUGUGUACAGAGUGAACAGAAAGAAAUGUUUGCAAGAGAAAGUCAUCAUGAUAACUCGGGAAGCCACAAUUUCAUCUAUUCUUGCAGUAAUGAGGUCAUUGGAGAAAAAGCUGAACAUGAAGAGUCAGAUAAACUGGAAACUUCUAAUGUUGUGCUCUCUAGUAAUGGAAGUACCCAAACUAAUGGACCUUCUAUUCCUGAUGAAGAUAACACCUUUCAGCCACUUGAUAGCGCAAGAAUGACUUCUCACAAUGAUACUGUCACACAAACCACAUUCACCAAGACUUACAAUGGGAUCAGCAGUCAGUCAGUGACUUGUCAGAAGUCUGCGUACAGCACUCUUGAAAGCAAAGUUGAUGUUUUUCAUACAACAGUGCAAGCAAAAACAGGGGUUGUACAGGGCCUUAUCCAGCAUAACAGCCCCAUAAACAAAGAAUGUCAGCCUUCACUGGAAAGGAAAGAUGAUGAUAUGGGGUAUGUAAUGAUUAAUCUGGAACCAGUUACUCUCACUUUUGAAAAAAAUGCCUAUGUACCAAUACAAACAGAAGCUGUAAAUAGAGCUGAUAAAUCUACAACCUUUAAUAUGGAGUUGAUUAAACAAGUAUCACCUGGUACAAGUCUUAGCCAUCCUGUGUCCACGUUUGAAACGGCACAGACCCAAGGUCUUACAGACAUUCCGUCUUUAGCGGGGUCAGAACAAAAAGGCAGUAGGUACCUUUGUGCCUCCUCAGUAAGUAGAGAGACGCUUGCUAAAGAAAUGUGUUUGUUACAGAAAGAGAGUCCUCUUCGAGUGUCAUCAUCAUCUUCUGAUAAUUCAGCGGUAAAGGAGGCAGUAUCAUUAGUUAAAAAUUUUAAUUAUCCGUUACCCAGUGAAGAAAUGAGACUCUCUCGAGACACUUUUCUGCAAACUGAAAGUCUCUUCAGCAUAUCUUCAGAAGAUAUUACAGAGGCAACACAGUUUGAAGAAGUAGCCUCAUCAUCAGCCUCUACCAUCUUAGAAAGAAAUUAUCCACUUAACUGCAUUUCAUCAAGAAGUAAUAUAUCAGAUGACUCUUUAGAACUAAGGAAGAAUGACAAUGGUUGUCUAAACAGUGAAAAUACAAAUUUUGAAUCAUUUAAUUCAGCAUUUACCAAACAAACCAGCCUAUCUAUGAGUAGAGAAGAAGUCAGCCUAGAGUUAUCAGAGGAAGAUUCUGACAUUGACCUAACUCUAACAAUAUCGCCGCCUACAAGUCCCAGAGAACAGAUUCCAGCCGAUGAAAUAGAGCAACUUCAGGAGGCCCCAUUAUCAAGUUUAGAACUUCGGGAUAUAGCUGAAGAAAUAAUUGAUCCAGAAGAGGUGACACUCAUAGAAAACAGAGAAGUGAAUUCUGCUGAUUGUACAUCACUGUCACAGGAGCCAUUAGAAGAUAAGGAGAAAAAAGGUGAUGAUUUUCAACCAGCCACUUUAGUACUUUCUAAAGACAGUUCCACCUUUGAGAUUUCAGAGGAAGUUAAUGUUACAUCAGACUUUCCAUAUGAUUCUUUAAUUGAAGAAGUGUCACCAGCUUCUAGUCCUGACCCCCUAGUACCAGCUGAGGAAGCACGACAAUCUCAAGCCAUCUCUCUGUGUAGUUUAAAACUUCAUGAUACACAAUGUGAGGAAAGUAACAAAGCUUCCCAGAUUGAGUCGGUAGAUUUAGCCAUAACAGAAAAAGAAAAUUCUUCUGUUGGUCCUACGCACCCAGUGGGACAGAAUAACUUAACUCAGGUACAACAAAUGCAGCGUUAUGCUGAAAUGCCUGUAGUAUUGAAUAGUCAUCCAGGAGGAAAAGAUAGACAUUUAACCCUUCCUGGUAAAGUAACUGAGGAAAUUGUCCAAAGUGAGAAUGAUAAGGUUUUAUCUUCCCCAGAAAACGUACAGUCCUGUGAUGCAGAAUUAAACCAGCCUGCCUCAGCUGCCAAAUACAGAGAUGACUCUAAGCGUUCUCUUGAAAAACUGGUAAAACCAGGAAGCCCAUUACAGUCAGUUAGUAUAGAGAACAGAAAUUUGGACUUAGAGCAUCUUAUGUUGGAGACUAGUGAACAUUCAUUUAGUCCUAGAAAGAUUAUUGAAAAUAAGCCUUUGGCUGACACACUUAUUUCCACAGCUGCUUCAAGUGGUAUGAGUGUGUCGUUAGAACAGCCGACUAGCCCUAAAAGCAUUAAGAAAAAUCUCUUUAGCAGUGAUUUGAAAACAAAUGAAGGUAAUUAUUUGCAGGUCAAGUCCCUGAACUCUGACACACAGGCAUGCGCGCACUCAGAUAUCUCAAAAUUUGGUUCUUCCUCAGAUAGUGCUACAUUAACCCACUGUACAAGACCGAUAAAUGUAGAGACAGAGUUUCAAACACAGGAAAUAUCAGUAGUCAAAAUGGCCAAUUUGCUUAAGAAUAGUGAAACUAAAGCUGAGUUACAUAAAGAAACCACAGAUCUAGGAGGUACUGUCUUUCAGUCUAACACUACAUAUUCUCAGAAAGGUGAACAGACAAUCCACAUGCUGCAAGAUAUGUCAACAUAUGAAACACAAGAUCUUUUGAAUGGUGGAUUCUUUCCUGUGUAUGCUGACUCUAACCAAAAUACAGCAGACACCAGUGAAAAUCAAGAGCCUUCUGCUUCCUUUGUUCCAAAAUCUUUUGACUCUUCUGUUUGUGGAGUCUUCAAAGAAUGUAUGGAAAAUAAGAGCACUAGUAAAAGGCUUGAGGCCGAGGAUGGUUCUGAAACGCUGGAUAGAGACGUGGAUGUCAGUGUGAAUUCUGACAUACAUUAUGAACCACUUUCUGGAGACUCUGAUCAAGACUCUUGUGAUUGUAGGAAUCCCAAAUUAGACACGGAGGAUUCUUGCACUUUGAGCUGUAGUCACACCAGAAAAAGAGAAGAUGCUACUAAAGAUGAUUAUGAGUCUUUCAUGAGUGUAAACAGUAGUGAUAAUGAAGAUUGGGGCUACUGUAACAAAGUACCAGGAUUGGAGACAAGCAUUCCUCCCAGAAACUGGUCCAGUGGCUUAAAGAAAGAAGAUAAAUGUGUACCAUGUUAUAUCCAAAUCAGAGAUCUCCAUGGUAUCCCCAGGACCUAUACCAACUUUACUGUAACUAAAGAGUUCAAAGAUACCACGAGAACUUUGCAUAGCUUGAGGAGGCACCCCAGUUUCACUGCAAAAUGUGGCUUGAUCAGUUCCUGGACAAGUACUUGGCAGAUAGCAGAUGACCUCACCCAGAACACUUUAGAUCUGGAAUAUCUGCGCUUUGCACAUAAACUAAAACAACUUGUAAAGAAUGGGGAAUCUCAGCAUUCUGCCUCGUCCACCAAUGCCUUUCUGACAGAGUCACCUAUCCAAAUUACUGUUGGAGCUUUCCCUUUAACAAAAAUAUCUGAGUCCCCUGUUGUACAUCCUGCAUCCAGGAGCAGAAGCCCGCUUCUGGUGACGAUUGUGCACUCAGACCCUAGACAACGGAGUCAGCACGUGAGAAGCCACACGCCUAGCUAUUCGGACAGUUCUUCCUUCUGGAAGGAGAGAUGUCACAGUAGAUAUCAUCUUCCAAAUUCCGAAGGAAAUCAGACUGUUUCAUUCCAUCUCAACAAAUUGAAAUAUAACAGUACUUUGAAAGAAUCUCGGAAUGAUAUUUCACUUAUUCUCAACGAAUACGCUGAAUUCAACAAGGUGAUGAUGAAUAGCAACCAAGUGGUUUUCCAAGAUAAAGAGCUAAAUGUUGCUUCUGGAGAGGCCACAUCUCAAGAGAUGUAUUCAUCUUUCCCAAGAAAGCCAGCCUCCUAUGAAGACAUGAUUACAGACUUGUGUGCCAAUUUACAUGUCAAACUAGAAAGUGUUAUGAAAGAGGCUUGUAAAAGUACCUUCCUAUUCUACCUUGUCGAAACAGAAGACAAGUCAUUCUUUGUAAGAACAAAGAAUAUUCUGAGGAAAGGAGGCCAUAAAGAAAUUGAACCUCAGCAUUUCUGUCAAGCUUUUCACAGAGAGAAUGAUACACUGAUAGUCAUCAUCAGAAAUGAGGAUAUAUCUUCACAUUUGCAUCAAAUUCCUUCUUUGCUGAAGCUGAAGCAUUUCCCCAGUGUCAUCUUUGCUGGAAUAGACAGUCCUGAAGAUGUUCUUGACUACACCUACCAAGAGCUAUUUCGUACAGGAGGCUUUGUGGUAUCAGAUGACAAAAUAUUAGAAACUUUAACAUUAGUUCAAUUGAAGGAAAUUGUCAAAAUCCUGGAAAAACUAAAUGGAAAUGGAAGAUGGAAGUGGUUGCUUCACUAUAGAGAAAAUAAAAAGCUAAAAGAAGACGUAAGAGUGGACUCAGUUGCACGUAAAAAGAACUUAAUAAUGAAAUCAUUUCAGAGUGCAAAUAUAAUUGAAUUGCUUCAUUAUCACCACUGUGACUCUCGAUCAUCAACAAAAGCAGAAAAUUUGAAAUGUUUGUUAAACUUGCAAAUUCAGCAUAUUGAUGCCAGGUUUGCUGUUUUCCUAACAGAUAAGCCUACUGUUUCCAGAGAGGUCUUUGAAAAUAGUGGAAUCCUUGUUACAGAUGUAAAUAACUUUAUUGAAAAUAUACAAAAAGUAGCAGCUCCAUUUAGGAGUAGCUAUUGGUAAGAACACUUUUUAACAACAGCAGGUAUUGGUGUGUCUAUGAGGGACCAGUUGAUUUGAAACUCUGUUCUUUAUAGAUCAUGCUAUAAAUUUAAAAUAUUUAUUUCUUUGGGGGUGGAAUUGCUGUUACUUUGGCAUAAAUGAGAAUUUCUGGAGUAUCAUUAAUAAAAUAACCAACUUCAAAUUACCCACUUUAAUGGAUGUGCAUUUAUGCUUUCAGUUCACCUAGAUUACCAGGACAAAAGAUAACGUAGCCUUAAUAUACCUACGCAUUUUCCCCAUUAGGUAGCAUGCCUUUAUAAUAUUUCUUGGUAGUUUUGUUUUAAAGAUAGAGUUAUGAUCAAUUUUGUGUUUAUCCAGGUGAUUCAACUGCAGCUUGCGUAAACAUGGAUGAUGACGACAGAUUAGUAUUUUCCCUUUUCUUUGCAAAACUUUGAAAUACACAUGAACUGUCUUCUCAUAUUUGGAAAAAAAUAAUGUUUUAUACCAUAGGGAAAGUUUUCCUUCUUUCAUUUUUUGCUAAAAUGUUUGACUUCACAGUGGUACAGUUGUCCGUUAGCUUUGGGUUUCAGUGUUAAAUACUAUUGUUUUAAAUUAUUUUCAUUUUUAACAGAAUGCCUUCAAAGCUAUUAAUUGAGCUUAAUAUUAAAAAUAAGAAAUUUGCUAACAUGUUUAUUCAGUUGAAGCAAAAAUACCUGUUUUUGCAUGUUAAUAUCAGUACGGCAUAUGUAAUGCAUGUUAAUGGUUUGUUUUAAAGGUUUUACCAUCCUUGUACAAACUGUAAUCUUAAAUGAAUUCAUUUGAUAUUAUUAAAGCAACACCAACACUACAUAAACAUUUUUUCCCAAAUGGUACGAUUUAUAAAUUGUCAUUUUUUCCUUACUCAGUUUUUGUAAAUAGUGCACUACAAAUCAACCCUGAGGAAGAAAUAAUCAUAUAUUUAUGAUAUUAGAAAUCAUUUCUACAGUAAUCUUUAAAACUCAAAACCAAGCCAAAAAAAUUUUUUAUAAGAUACAUAGUAUCUGUUUGGAACAAAGGUUUUUGUAACUAAUUUGUUUCCUUUUUUAAUAAAGACAACUAAAAAAAUCACUGAAUGGUUUCUGCAAUGACUGUAUAGCAAAAUUGAACUUGUAGAGAAUGUUUUAACAAUUUUUAGACCAUUUAGCCGCAAUAACUAGCUGAGGAAUCCUACCAUUUAUAGCAUUUUGGCCUUGCUGUUAGUCUCACUACCACAGACCUGCCCAGUGCUUUCUGGUGUACUUUCCCUCAGAAAGACAAAAUUUUAAGUAAUUUCUUUUCACUUGGUCUUAUAUAGGGUUACAUUAGACCUAUAUAGAAACUUCUUUCAGAAGUCAGUCUGCUUUGUAUAAUUCCUCCCUAAACAAAAAAUGCCAGUUUUACAAUUUAUUUUCUCCGAAGUACUGAUGAUUUUAAUGACUGACACUAUCUUUCCAUAGAAAGCUAAUCAUUUUAUUUUUGCCCCCAAGGACAAGAAUCUAAUAAGAGACCAUAAUUAUAUUUGGUAUGCUGAAUUAAUUUGAAAUUUCUAAAGAAAAGGAAACUUAACAUUUAUUAAGCAAGCACCUAUUACCUACCAGGCACUGUCUGUUAGUCAUCCUUCAAAUUUUACCUCAAAUGUUAAAUCUGCCCUUGCUGAAAAGCCUUCCUACACCUACAAGGCCAUCUUCCUCAGUUUCCAUACCUUUUUUAUAACUCUAAUACUUAGCCAAACCAUAUAAUAUGUCUCCCCUAGACUGGGAGCUCUCCAGAGACUGUGCCUUAAUCAUCUCAGUACCCUACUGGCCUGGCAGAUAAGUAGGUGAUCAAUAAAUACGUUAAAGGAAGAAUAUGAAAAUGUUUUUUUUCUUUUCACUUAUUACUAACUCAGCUUGUGUCUUUGCCUGCAUUAAUGGUUCACAAUUUGAAGUACUAUGGGAAGGGAAAGGCUUGCUGGAAUUCUAGAUAAUUUUAUUGUAUAACUAAAGCAGUGGCUCUCAAGUAGGGCAGUUUUGCCCCCAAGGGAAAUCUGUCUGGAGGCAUUUUCAGUUGUCACAACUAGGGGGGUACUACUGGCAUCUAGUAGGUAGAUGCCAGAGAUGCUGCUAAACAUCCUACAGUGCACAGGACAGCCCCCUACAACAAAGAAUUAUCCAGCCCAAAACGUCAAUAGUGUGAGGUUGGGAAAUUCUGAGCUAAAAUAAUCAAUCUGUAUUCAGUCUAAAUUAUUAUUCUUUUAAUGCCUUUAGCAGAUCAUCUGCCUCUGUCUCUUUCAUACUUAACUGUAAAAGUCAAUAAUCAGUCUAAAAAAAUACAAGUAUGCAUCGCUUAACAUCCAUUCAGCAACAUAAGUCCUGGCCCCAUAAGGUUUUUUUGUUUUUUAAAGGAAUGCAGCUCUCCUUUUAUUAUUUCCCUUAAUGGUUUUAAAGAAAGACCCCAAAGCCCUAGAGUGAACAAGCAGCAGGGCUCCAGGGCGUGUCCCAAUCCCUGAAGGGCCGCCUCCUGGCUUCAUUUACCAGCCGUGCAGCCUUUCACUCCUUGCCCAGGGCAGUGUCUGCUAUAGCUCCUCCCUUCCUGCCACAGGUGCUGGCUGGGCCAGGUGCCCGUGGGCUUCUGACUCCAGGCAGUGGCAGCAGCUGCACCUGCUCAGAAAGCAGCUGUACCAACUGGGCAGCAGUAGCCUUAGCUGCCACUGCCAGCUUCACUCCUGGAUCUGUACCUCCCCGCCCUCCCAGUCUGGCUGUGGGCGCAGGCCCUGCCCCACCCAGCCACACACCCUGCAAGGCCAGCCUCCUGUAUCCAGAGCUACAGUUCUCAGGCUUUGUCCUGCAGGCUUUUGUAAGGUUUUAAUGUAUGGCUGUAUGGGGAUUUAACUACGGAUUGUACGGAGACUUCUGUAUAUAAUAUGUUCAAAUCACACAAUGUCCUAUUUCACAGAACAUAUGGUGGAUGUUAAGCAACACAUACCUGUACAGCUAAAAUGUCCUGAUUCAUCUGUGGUAAAUAACUGCAUAUACAGUGAGACUUAAUAGUUACAUCAAGGGGAAAACAGUACCAGUCAAAAUAAUUUCUAACUAUAGCAUAAAUUACAUGAAACUAUUAAAGCAUUGUAAUUGUUGCUAUAAGCAAAUUAUCAAAGGCAAGGCAGUAUAUGGAUUUGCGUGCAAGAGAAUACUUCUUCUAAACCACCACCAAGAAUACCUUAAGAGUUUAAUUUAUGUCAAGAGUAUAUAAUUUGGGGUCUACUCACAGUGAAGCCAGGUGACAGGCUUUUUAUCUAUCUAAAUUAGAAAACGCAUA